AUGCGCUACGAUGACUGGGACAUACUUGUAUUCCCCACACAGCUGGACGCCUCCCCUGACGACGGCCAGGAGGCCAAGGUGCCCGUGAAGGAGUUCAAGGUAGCCUGCCAUGUGGUGCCUGACAUGGAGGCCUCGCAGCGCGGCUUGCACAGCGGCCUCCCCAUCAUGGCGUGCUUCAUCCCCAGCCUGCCAGCCGGAAGCCCAUUCCACGUAUCGAUCCACAACUGGCGCACCCCUGAUAUCAGCCAGUACACCAAGAACUACAGCAAGCACUGGGAGCUCGCCAAGUUUGAGGCUCGCAUCUUCAUCGAUGGCCGGGUCGCUGCCUCCACCACCUUUGGCCGUACGGGUACAUGGCCCUGUCUAGUAGCGAACACGUUUGAAUUCAACAAGUCGGGCGAGCUAGAGCCCUUCCGCUUUCCACACUUUCGACAAGAGCUUCUCUACCACAACCACUGGCACCCCGGAGACGACAUCGGCCGCAUCAAGGUCGUCAUCAGCGAGGGUUUCCCCCGUGACUCUCUAACCAACCCGAUCGAGCGAGUCAAGAACGUUGUGGCAUUCUCGUUCCAACAUGCCCCUUUGGAUAUACUCGAGAACAACGGCAUUGCCUGGCCCAAUCCCCAGAUGUGGAAGCGUUCAUCGUUUGUAGACGCUCGGCCAGUCCCUGCAUACCGAUCCGAAGAAGGAGCGGAAUCCCAUGGUCACUCGCCUCGCCGACAGAGCGUUCAGAGGAGCGGGAAGACGGUGACUGCUCCCCCAUCUCUGCCAGUGACCGCAAGCGCCCCAGUCGCGAUGCAACCAGCCGGUCUCUUGGGCAACCCGAUGCUCGGCCAGCCAUUUCCAGUCCUUGCUCAAGGCGCGCCUUUGGCCAAUGGUGGAAUGGUAUGCCCUGAUCCUUUCAGCGACACGACCGCGUACAUGGGACUAUACUCGGGCCUUGGUGGGAACUCCUGGAACCCAGACCCUAGCGCAGCAUGGGCCAUGUCAGCUCGGCAAAUGAGCAAGCACUCCAGCACAGACGCGAGCAUGCCCGACUACGUCUCUUCCGCCAGCGGCCAUGUCAACCUUGAUGUGUUCCAGAUGCAGGGGGCAAUGAUGGAAGACGACCUGGCCAGCUCGCAUCUAAAGGUACCGACCAAUACCCCCACGGCCGGGGUGGUGGGCGACAAUAGUGUUGGAACAGCGCCAGCCUUCUCCUUCAACAUUCCAAACUCGGUUAUCCCAAGUGACCUGGCAGCCACGCUCACGCACUCACUGCUCAACCAACCACAUCCACUACCUGUCCAGCCGCAUAUGAUACCCCUGCCUGCGUCGGAGAUCAAAUCUCGCAAGGAAAACCGCGGCAUCAGUAUUGCAGGGACGGAAGCCAGUGCCUCACCCUGUUUCGACCACGUCGAUCGGCGGAACUUUUCUCAGUCGGCUUUUGGAUUCACAUCGGCUACUCCUUCGCACAUGCAGCCAACGCAACAUCAAAUUCAGCAGAUCCAAGUUCGGGCUCUCUCCAGGGUGACAUCUGACUCGUCCAGCGAUAGACCGGCGUUCUCGACGGGCGGCUCCCGUGCCGCAUCGGCGGGCGAGUUUGGCGCGAGCCUCACCAACAUGACAGAGUCAUCGAUCCAGCAGGCGCCCAUGGCAGGGGUAACCGCGACAGCCUCGACCUCGUCAGUCGCGACGCUGACCCAGAACAUCGGGAACUCUGACAAGGGCACCAAGCGGUCUCGUACCUUUACAGCAACCAGCACCAAGGCUAUCGACGAUGAGGACGAGCCGAGGAGGGUCAGCCCCAGGCUGCGGAGCGCAGCGUUCGCUGGCGAUGGUCGAAGUGAAAACUAG